UAGUUUUCAAAACAAGAGUCUGGUCGCCACUCGUUGGCCGCACUCGCGUCUAAACGAAAACUUACAAUAUUAUUGGAGACCAGUGAUACGAAAGAUCGUGAGGUACCCGAGUCUCGUGCGGCCUAGUUUCUUCCGGUGUUUUCGCCUUUCUCGUUAAAACGUGACGAAAAAAAAAUGGACACCCUUCGCGAACAGGUGAUGAUCAAUCAGUUCGUGUUGGCUGCAGGUUGUGCCAGGGAGCAAGCGAAACAGUUGCUACAAGCGGCGCAUUGGCAGUUCGAGACUGCCCUCAGUAUUUUCUUCCAAGAAGCAGCGAUACCUCCUUGCGCGCAAGGACCUGGUACACAUUUCGGCCAAAUAACGCCGUGUAAUACACCAGCCACCCCACCAAAUUUUCCUGACGCGCUUUUAGCCUUCUCGAAAAUGUCUGCGGGCGACAAAACUCCUUCGGGAAUGUCGCCGAGCCAAAAUGGAUUGCAUCAGAAUUCGAUGCAGACGGGGACCGCGGCGCAACACCAUGGGGGACGGUGUAGCGUGACUGGGAACGCGCAACAGCAAACGCAAAGUCAACAAUUAGGGCUAGGAGAGCCACAGAGAUAAAAGAAACUGGUUAUUCGGCGGCCCGUGCUCAAGAUCCCGAGGUCGCACAAGAUGCACGUAAACGGUGUUUGAAACAGGAGGCAUGGUUUAAACGAUCGAAUUGCUCCCAGGGUUGUACACUGUGCGCCGCGACCGGUUAUUAUUCGAUAUUCGCGGGCCUCGUGUAUUCUCUCAUCCCUAGAAGGACGCAUGGAUUUUCCUGAAAAAAACGUGCGCGGAGAAAAAAAAACACCCAGAUUUAUUUAGCGCCCGUGUAGAAGAAACAAUCUCUGUUUAGAGAUCCAAUCAUUAAUUGAAUCACACACGGUAUACGUGGAUCUCUAGAAUAGCCGGAUACGACCCUCGAUUGUUUAUUCUCGUUAUUCUUUGAUGGUAUAUCGAUAUCGAACCGAACGUCGAUCAUGGAUCUAGCCUGUCGAACCUCUCGAAUACUCUCUUCUUCCGUCGGAUAAUACAGGUCAGAGGUUAUGCGUGAAAACGAUAGAGGGAGUGAGAGGAAGACAGCUGAGGUUAUACAAAGACUAUUUCUUAUUUUUUUUUUUCUCUCCUUUAUAAAUGUGCUGUUGGGACGGUAGUUCCUAUGAUUAUGAAAGACAGCGAUACUCCUUAGCGCUUAUAAAAUUAGUAUGCGUCCAGAAUGCCGCUUGAUGUAAAUGAGUAGCGAGAAGCCUCCUCCACCGUCCCGGGUAUCUUCCUUGUUGUUUCUCGAUCUACAGACUCGCGGCUAAAUAGGAAACGUGUGUGCGGUCCGUGAAUCGCGGAAGUCAAUGAAAAAUUGAAUAUCGCUUCCACAUCAUAGUACAAAAAAAAUUGCCAGCACUGGAUAAGCGCUCAGCCAAGAACACUAGUUUCUCAUUUAUUUUUUCUUUCUUUCCUCAUAGCUAAAUGAUGAACAUUAUGAAAUGAAUUUCGAUUUUACUUGACCGCGAGUCACUUGGCUUUUUUGGGAAACGAUUGAGCUUGAUCGAGAAAGAGAGAGAUUUACGUAGAAAUCUGAGUUUGUCGGUAUUGUUUUGUUGGGAAAACAAAAUUUAUUAUUCAUCCUCGAACGAAACGAGCGAUGAAUGAAAAUACGAGGCUAAUUAUAAUAAAUGCGGAAUUACAAUGAAUUGUUGUGUAAAAAUAUGUAAAAAGAAAUUUACUGAUUAUGCAAUGUCUACAUAAGUA